AUGGCGAUCGACCAAUCAACGAUACAGCCUGUGUCCGUUCUUUUCGUCUGUUUAGGCAACAUCUGCCGCUCGACGAUGGCAGAGGGCGUCUUUCGCUCCUUGACGCAACAUCCUUCGCACCCAUUAGUAUCGCACGUCGACUCCAGCGGAACCGGUGCCUAUCACGCUGGCGAUGACCCAGAUUACCGUACCAUGGAGACACUGGAGAAGCAUGGUAUAACCGACUACACGCAUCGCGCACGCAAAUUCCGACGUGGGGAUUUUAAAAACUUUGAUUAUAUACUUGCUAUGGAUAAAACGAACCUAAGAAAUCUCCUCAGUAUGCGGAAUGAGGAAGUCAGGAUUUCCGGCGGAGAAGCAGGUCUAGGGAAGGUCAUGCUGUUUGGCGAAUUUGGAGGUAAGGGGAAGGAGAAAGGCACGACAAAAGGAGAAGUAAUUGAUGAUCCGUAUUACGGGGAUGACAACACUGGAUUUGAAGUGGCAUACGAGCAGUGUACUCGAUUCUCGCGGGCUUUUCUGAAAGAGUUGGAGGCAGGCAACUUGUAG